AGAGAAACAUCGUUGGUUGGUGUUGUCGGUCAGUUGCUUUUGUAAUCAGAGACUUGUUUAUAGAAUAAAGCAAAUAAAAACCAAUACGCUCUAGAUGUAAACUCUGUAACUCGGAAUCGUGCAUUUUAUCCUACAUUUGUUGUACCGCGAGUGUUUUCAGUCGUAUAAAAACAAAACUACUGUAUGGAGCGUUUUCAGAAGAACGCUCUUCAUUUCUUCUUUCGUCGGAAAGAUACGAAAGGAGAAACGAGAAAACACAAUCAAGGACAGUGAUCGUCUUUAGUUUUAAGCGCGCCAUUGGUGUGUCGCAGUCUCAUUCUGUCAUUACGAGUGUUCACGUGCCGUUCACGAGUCGAUGGAACAUCCAAGGAAGAAGGAACCGUAGUAUGGCACCAUCUCAUUGCAACAGAUUGUCAAUACAUCCCAUGCAUACGCACGCAGCUCAGAACAUCAGCUGCACUCUCACGUGAUGCAAGAAGCAACUACGACUGAACAACAAGCGCUGCGCAAUGACACAUCGCAGGCAAUGUUUCCCAGGAUAGAUCCUGGCAGGAUGGGUCUGUCGUGGCAUCAUUUGUUUGCGGCACGUGAAUUAACGUUGUUAGCCGCUGGAUUACCGCCAACAUUACAGGCGACAUUCGCAACAACUCCGUCGCUCUACGGUCAGAGCAUUUCUCAAAAUCUCCUCGCAGGGUGGCCGUCCGCUGCCUCAUCUUCACCUCCUUCUCCUCUUCGACCGCCGUCGACAAUGUCGCCGCCUCUCACCACAAGAUCCUCGUUAAGACGUACAAACUCAACAGCUAGCAGCAACAACAACAAUAAUAACACUGCCAUCAGCAACAAUAACAAAAACAACAAUAACAAUAACAACGCCAAUUCUACAAAAAGAAGAAGAGUGACACAAAACGCGGAAAGCGCGCAGUCCCCGCCAUUAGAAAAUGCGGCUAGUCCAAAUCCGAGUCCCGAAGGUGCCGCUGCGGGAAAAGCUGACGGCAGACAGAAAAGUUUUGACUGCAAAGUAUGCGGCAGAUCGUUCGGAUAUAAGCACGUGCUACAAAAUCAUGAACGCACGCAUACUGGUGAGAAACCCUUUCAGUGUCCGGAGUGUCAGAAAAAAUUUACCCGGGAUCAUCAUCUGAAAACGCACAUGCGACUUCACACGGGCGAGAAACCGUACCACUGCAAAUAUUGCGAGCGGCAAUUCGUGCAAGUGGCGAAUCUUCGUAGGCACACGCGUGUACACACUGGCGAGCGCCCGUAUGUAUGCUCAACAUGUUCAUCCAAGUUCAGCGACUCGAAUCAGCUGAACGCGCAUAUGUUGAUACACAGCGGGCAGAAACCGUACGAAUGUGAUCAGUGUCAAUCGCGGUUCCGUAGGCGCCAUCAUAUGAUACAUCACAAAUGCGAAGGUGUUAACAGAAAUGAAACGCAGGAACUGCAUGCCGUAUCGUCGUCGUGUAAAGAGGGUGACAUAGAGGAAGAAGAGGAAGAAGAUCAUAUCAACGACAAAGAAGUUGACGAAUUGCAACAAAUCGCGUCAGUUCAUGCAAAUUCCAGGCAAAUUCUAGCUCCGGUCAUGCAACUGGUUCAUCCGAUAACCUCGUUCACCGCUAUGCCCGAGCAAACGGAACCCGAAGAUCUGUCUAUGUCCACCGGUAUGCGAUCAUCGUCCUCGUUAUCAACUGCCAGAUCGGAUUCUUGCAACAGCAAUAACAGCAGCAGGGCGAUUUCCCCAAAAGACGGCACCUUAAUCGAAAAAAUAGACUCACCCGAGCCAUCCACCUCCCAUAAUGCCAAUCACAAGUCCUAGUGGAUUCUCAACAGGUACGUGGAAAAUUUAUGUAAACAUCGUUCUCAUUACGGCGUCUUCGAUACAAGCAUUUGAUCGUAAUUGUUUUGUCCAAGGCGCAUGUAAUCGCGAACGUGAGAAAAAAAAAUCAAGAUAGAUGGAAUCGGGCGCAGCCGCGUUUGUUUCCUUUCGCUAUUCAAAUUUUCCACCGAAUUUGUCGUUAAAUUUCUACAUAGUUGUUCGCAGUAAUUAAUGUUAAAAUGCUUUUUGAAUGUAUAUUAUGCAUAAGUUAUUAACGCGCAUUGUACAUUACGCAUGUACAUUAAUGCAUAAGUUAUUGUCGCGCAGUCGGAGAUGAAAUGAUAAUAAUGGUUGAUCAUAAUUUAAUCAUAAGCUUGUAUCGUUAAGGACGUGUAUUGAACGGCAACAAGUUAUAUACAUACGUACGUAUGUGUAUGGUGCACACAACUUGUACAAUGUGCACGUAAACAAACACGAAUUCAGGGAUAUGCUUUUUUUCAAAUAUUAUAUAAUAUUGAUAUCGCGAGGAACAAUGUAUUAUAACACACAUGAUAUUAUACAUAAUAAAUUUUACUUUUCAAAAACCAAUAGGAUAUAAUGCACUUUAUAACUUUGCGUGUUGCGGUUUUUCUUGUAUAUAUAAACUCUACACUCAAGAAGAGAUAGUCAAGGUGAAAAUGAAUGAGAUAAACAUACGUUAUUCACGUUCGAUAGACGUGAUGACGGUUUGACGUUUUGUAAUCAAGUAGACAAAAGAGACACUCUGAUAAGACGAGAGAUGAACACACACUCGUGUGCAUAUUUACACGAAUAAAUGGAAUGAACCUUGCGUCUCGAAGGAGAGGAAAAGAAUUUAGCUGUUGAAUCUCUACCGGUAUACAAGUUCCUCUCGCAGUAAAAUUAGUAGAGAAAAUUGACUUUGGCCUAUCGUCGCUACUGCAACUUUUAGCGUGAUUUUUUUUUUUUUUUUUUUUUUUUGACUACAUACGUUUUAAUUUUUUUUUGCCGCAUAUCUCUCGUUUAUUUAUUAUAUUGUGUUCCUCUUCCGUUAUUCAAAAGUUUGUUAAACGUUUUCUUAAUUUAACUCAACUACAUAAUUUUUUAAUGAUUAAAAAAGAUCGCGCUCGAGAUAUUUGUAUAUACUUGCAAGAAGAUAAUUCUCGAAAUGACUCGGUGCGCAACACAAGUUUUUUUGUUUUAUUUCAUAUUGGUAAUACACAUUGCUGUUAUCGUUUACAUAUACCCUCUCUCAAGUGAACAAACCAGAACCACCAUUAUGAUCGUCGACGGGAGCGAUUUAAAAUUCAAACCGAUCUCUACCUCCAUUACCUCCUACAGUUUCGCCUUGAUCAUGCAGACAAACGUUCGCAUAAUUGAGAUCUGCUUCUCUGAUUUCCGUCUUCUAUUCUUGGAGACUCGUACACCUGGCUCCGUCAAAGAUCACUUUAAAAUUCCUUUCUUGUGCUUUUAAUCGGCGCAUGUAGUUUCGUUGAUAAACCAGUUUUCACAUAAUAGUCUCACCGUGUCGCACACACAAGUUCAUCAACAACUUUUGAAUAACUGAUCAUCUAUAAAACAUUUAUAAUAUUUCUCUACUUCUUUAGCCUCUCGAGACUUUUGGAUAUUCAUUACAGUGGUUUAAACUGGCAAAAAUGUCAAAAUUUUAUUUAAUUCCUUGCUAUUCUCUGACACGUCGGAAUAAUCCAAUACUGAAUAUCCAAGAACCUUAAGAGAAGAAAAAAAGUGUUAUAUAUUAUUUUGCGUUACGUAUUACCUCCGGUGUCCAAAGGCAUAAUUUAGUAAAGCUAAUAUUCAUAGACCAUUUUUAUAUUUAAGAUCGUCUUAAGAUACUAAUAUUUUAAGAUGUCACAUGAGUUGUCUCAUUGACAUGCAGACCAUUUAAAGAUAAACUUGAGACGAUCUUAAAUAUAAGAUUGACCAUAAAUACUGAUCUAAGGGCGGCAUUGUCCUUUGCCAGUAACCAUUGAAUACAAUGAUUUAUGUUCGGACUAACGGUAGGUAUGCAAAUUUUUUCUUUCCCAAGGUCAUCAAAGCGUUUCAUUUGUUCCACUGACAUUUUUUUAAAGCAAAACGACAUUUUUAAUGCUUUGUGACUAAAUUUUAAUGUAAAGCACGAAUAGACCGUCGGUCGUCGGUUUUUAUUGUCAUGCGAUAAGAAUAGAAAAAAAAUUAAAAAAGAAAUAUUUUGUUAUAGUUUCAUUAUGUUGAAAUCAAAGCUAAACCUCGCAUUUAUCUUCUUUAUCAUUUUUCUUUUUUUUUUUUUACCGUUAUAU